CGUUGGCUCGUCUCGCCGCUUCACGGACCGGGCAGCGUCGUCCCCGCUCACCGGCAUGGACACCGGCGAGGACCACUGAGCGGGGAAACAUGCCUACGGUCCUCGGCGGCAACAGGAAACUUUCCGUCGUCCGUCUUCUGCCUCGAUGUCCAUCAUCUCAGGUCACAGGAAGUCUACAAAACAGCUGUGCCAAAGACAGUCUUGGGGACAUGACUCAGUCCUGGCCUUCCCAGCAAGCCCUCGGGGGUGACCAGGCCCAGCGUUUCCUCUACAAUCCUAAGGAUGCAAAGCAACACACUUCUCAGCAAAAGCAAACUCGGGGAGAUUUGCCGCUGAGAAUGACCCGCCACCCUCACGUGGCGCCUCACAAGUCUAUGCUGGCUGAUGACCUGAAGGUGAGCAGCGAUGAAGAGGACACUCACAGGACCACUCAUCCAUCAGCCUGCUGGGACGGGCACAGUCUGUUGGCACAGCGCAUACACACACAUGGCGGGCGAGUGAGACAUUCCAGCUCGGACUCUUCAGCAUCGGACUUCUCUGGUGAGUCAGACAGCAGUUGCCAGCGUUCCCGGAGCCCAAACCCGGAAACUCACUCUGAACCUGGGUCACCUUCCAACACACAGCCCCUGUGCACCAAGGAGACAGAUCACCACUCACCCACCCAGUGGCAGCUGGAUAAAUGGCUUAAAAAGACCCGGAAAAAAUCUGCCAGCAGUGAGCAGGAACCCAGAGAGCACACUCAGAGCAUUCCAGGACGUGUGCCGUCUCCACAAAGCAACAGAGCACCAUCUCCAGCAAGGUCCUGGGACAACAACCAAGUAUACAGCCCAAGCCAAAGUCCCAUUCCCAGCCCGCAGUUCAAUUACAGCCACAAGAGCAGUCCUCUAGCUAGUCCAGAUUACAGCUUCUGCCCGAGCCCAUUCCCCAGCACCUGUCUGAGUCCUAGUCCUUGUCCAAAGCAUAGUCCCAUCCCCAGUCCAGUUCUAAGUGUUUGUCCCAGCCCACAUGGGAGCCAAGGAGUCAGCCGGAGCCCUAGCCCCAUAGACGGACAUCCCCCGAAAAGCCCCAGUCCCAGCCUUCCUCCUUCCAGCCCUCAUCACUACUCUCAGGUUCAAAGUCUGUGGAAACAGAGUCAGACACAGCCCAGUUUAACUACCAGCCCCCCUCGGACUAAAGUUAGGCCAUGGAAUCCACCUGUGCCCAUCACUGAUGCUAAGAGCAAGCCGAGAAAUAGCCACUGUCCCCUGCCAGCUCCUCAACACAGGCCUAAAUCUAAACCCACGCCAGACCAAGACCAAAGCCAAGGAAGUUCAAAGGUCAAACACCAGGCCGUAACACCUUUAAAUCCUCACCAGAGUCAAAAUCACAAAGCCAAGCCAAAGCCGAAUUCUCAUCGAAGUCCUAAACUUCACCUCGCUGCAGCUGUCAAAGCCAAACACGCCUCCAAAUUUGACCAGACUCAGGAUAGCAGAUCCAACCACAGCUCCGACCCGAACCUCAGGCCCAAACUUCAGCCAAGUUCAAAAACCAGCCCCACAAGAACUAAAAACUUACCUGCUGCAGCCUUUACACGAGAAACCAGCAGCAAAUCUGGUCCCAGUUCUCAUUCCCAGUCAACAUCUAAGGCUGCCGCGGCCACUGCUGCCAGGCUCAGCGGCAGAUCCAGCCCGAGCAGGAAACCGAAAGCAAAGUCUCGGCAGGUCCCAGGUCUGACCCAGGUCUCUCACAGUAAACCCACGAAGAAGAAGCUCCCAUCCAAGGAGCAGGAAGUUGGCCUAAGGCAGACAGAGGAGAGACAGCGAGAGCGAAAAGAGGACAAACACAGGCAGAAACAGCAGAGGAAAGAAGACAGGAGACUGGCGGAGGAGCAGCUACUGAGACGGCCUUGGAUCCAGAGUUCAGAGGAAGAGGAGGAGGGAAGAGAGAAAGAGAAGCAGAGAAAGAGAGAAGACAGAGAGAGAGAGCAGGAGAGGAGGAGGAGGAGGGAGCAGCAGAGAGGCGAAUGGCAGCCCAUUCAGCCCAAACAGAGACCUCACACCAACACCGAGCGACAGUACCCGCAGAGAGACGAACGCCAUCAGGGGAGGACGAAAAAGAGGAAGAGGAGUAAGGAGGAGAGCGCGUCACCAGCAGAACUUGCAUCUCUGCCAUCAUAUUCACCCACUCCUGUUAUCCACUCCUCCUCCUCAUCCUCCGGGCCAGAGUCGGAGUCUGACUAUCAGGUCAACAUCAGCAAAGUUGCGGCAGAUUCCACAUCUCAGAAGAGGUCCAUCAACAAGAGCAGACCACUGGGCCCGGGCAGACCCAAAGACAACAGACCGGAGGCAGUCUAUCCCAGAGGGUCAACCGCAGGUCAUUCAGGUGACGGACAAAAGAGUGAGACGAGACAGAAACUCUACACGUUGGUCCCAUUUGGGCGGAGCGAUCAGGCCACAGCCUCCUCUCAGCGAGGACUCAGGAAUCUGGUGGUGCAGAUAGAUCUCUGCCUGCUCAAAAGAGUCCCUGACACCACCACAGCGACUGCUGAUAAGCAUCCCUCCUCUUCCCUCUCCUCUUCACCAUCCAAGGCCCCGCAGAGAGAGGCCAUGAGACACCUUUGUAGGUCGGAGUCGGUGGAACGAGACGGCAAAAGGAAACGCAAGCCUGAAAACGGUGUGUCAUCCAGAGAAAGUAAGAGGGGUCAUGUGAAUGACCACUCAGGCCAGAUGGAGUCUUCAGCUCACAAACCUCUGUCCCAAGUCGACACUGAAGCCAUCCACAGUGGGUACUUGAAGGAGUACUUGGACAGUACGAGGCCGCUAUCGCCCCUGUCACCUCUCUCGCCUCUGUUGGACGUCCCGGAGCCCUCAAAAUCCUCCUUCAAAAAACAGCAUUCAGAGCAGCAUCACUCACAUCCCCACAAGGACAGAGAUUCUGCUGUGAAGCCCAAGAUGGAGGUCGAGUGUGUUGAAGAGUCAAGGCAGCCUCGGCUGGUAUCGGAGUCCUGGGGUCCCUCUCUUACACAGCCAGCAGGACACAAGGGGACCGUACCUAACCCUGAAACUCCACACCAUGCUGAGUACUACAUGCACGAGGCAAAGCGGAUGAAGCACCGUGCAGAUGCCAUGGUGGACAAGCUGGGCAAAGCUGUGAAUUAUGUGGAUGCCGCUCUCUCCUUCAUGGAGUGUGGAAAAGCCAUGGAGGAUGGUCCACUGGAGGCCAAGUCUCCCUACACCAUGUACUCCGAGACAGUGGAGCUUAUCAGGUACGCUAUGAGGCUGAAGAGCCACUCCGGCCCUGGGGCGAGACAGGAAGACAAACAGCUGGCUGUUCUGUGUUUCCGGUGUCUUGCUCUCCUUUACUGGCAGAUGUUUCGUCUGAAGAAGGACCACGCUCUUAAAUACUCCAAAGCACUGCUAGACUAUUUUAAGAGUUCUCCCAAAGUGCCUACCGCAGCCCCCAUUUGGAACGACUCCGGGAAGGGUAAAGAGGUUCCCCCCUCUUCCCUCUCUCCCAACCCCAAGCCUCUCAGCCAGAGGUCACACGGGGGCAGCGCCGCCUCCCUCAUCAGCAUCCCCCAGCGUAUCCACCAGAUGGCAGCAAACCACCUCAACAUCACCAACAGUGUCCUGUACAGCUACGAGUACUGGGAGGUGGCAGAUAACCUCGCCAAGGAGAACAAGGAAUUUUUCAACUACUUAAACACUCUGUCUGGACCAUUGACACUUCACAGUAGUAUUGCCCACACAGUCCAGUACACGAGACAGGCUCUCCAGUGGAUACGAAUUAGUGCCAAACUCAACUAGCAAAGCGAAGGCUUCAUCUCAGCUCACCUGCAGGAUUCACAGGCCUUACUGAGAGGAGACUAAGUCCUGGGAUAUCUCUGUGUGAAAUUGCUCCACCAUGGCACACUAUGCUGGGAAAUAGGCUGAUGGAUGUGCAAGGAGCCUUUUCAUCAGGCUAACUGGGUUCUUGAACGCACCACCAAGAAGGGCUUUACUGUGUGCAACGUGUUCUGAAUCACAGCCUCUCUAGGAAAUGGGUGAAACAUGCUGUUGUCCCUCCAAAGAAACACGGGAAUCUCUGAAACUACUCUCAGGACAACAGCACACACCUUUUCUCUCAUCGGCGGAUUAUUGUGAAGAGCCAACUGGAUUUAGUCUUUUGCCAAAUUUUGCAUAUGUUGACACUAACAAAGGACUACGACAUUUUUAACCGCAUCUGAAGAAUUCUUUUGCUCAUAUUUCGGAGGGAAUUACUGUGAUCCUCAUCUGUUGGACAAGUUCUCCUGGGCCAAAGUGUAGAAAACAAUUAAAUCAACAGCUGAGUCAGAGAUUUUGGACAAAAUACAGUAAAAUACUUUCUCCAAAGCAACAACUGGAUCAGUUCUUUUGCCUAUGAGGUUAAACGGUGACUGAGCAUUUCUUAAACUGAUAUUAAGGUAGUUGUUUUUUACUGUGCAAUAUUUGCUGGAUUUCUAUUUCUAAACAAAAAACAAAAAAAAAACAUACCAGGGCAUAAUGCAUUGGUAAGCUGAAUAGACAACACUCAACUGUAAUUCUAUGCAAAUUUUAUUAUUAUUCCUCUUUUGGGUGUUUCAUUAUAUAAUUGUUUGUAUUUAUGCGUAAGAGCUGGAAAAGUUCUUUAAAAUUCCUCUGGUAAAUUUAUUGUCCUUCCUUUAAUUCGAGAGCACGCUUUUGAAAUCCAUAACUUGACUGAUGAUACGCAGCGGAAGGCACCAAAUGCAUGGGUCUGAGACGAGCAGGGAAAAGUCGUAGUCGUUCAGUAUGAGCGACACAAGUGACUUAGGUUCCAUAAAUAUCAGUCUGUAACACUGCAACGUCAAUAUCCCAUAACUGUCACCAAGUUAAGAUAGUGUUCUAUAAUAGCUUAUAAAUCAAUCAUUGUUCUGUUCAGUUAGCAGAAAUGUGUGUGAUGGCUGGCUGGUGGUGCAGUAGGGCCGACACGAAACCAAAGUCCAAGUUAGGAUUUGGAUACAGGAUCCUGCAAUGACAGUAUGCCUUCAAUUAAAUGAACCACCAGGAUUCCUGUAUUAUUAAGUUUUAAAGAGUGGGAA